AUGCUGUCCCGAAGAGCUCGCGCCGUGAUGAGCGUCGCCCGCUCAACACCAUGCCAAACCAGACUCUUCGCCACAACUCUCGCCACCCUAACGCAGCAGCAGCACCGUUCCCCUUCCCUCUCCGACAUCCGCCCCGGCGAGGAAGAGUCCUUCAACACCCGGCAAAAUGCCUUCCGGGCGCAGCUAGUUGAGGCCCAGAAGCAGCGGGAAGCUAGUGGGUUGUCUGAUACUACUUCAUCCCCCACUCCGGGAGGUCUCGGAUCACUGAGCACAGCCCUCGGUUCAACAGGAAGUGUUGCCUCCGUUAAAGAACCGCCGCGCAAGGCCGGUCCCCUGACGAAUCUUAUUUAUGGGACGAAGGAGGGCCGCGAGCUGGACGCGCAGCUGCAAGCGAGUUUUAGCCAAGUGCUGGCUAGGGGAAAAUAUGUGCACCAGAUUGAAUUCCAUGAGGUGAAGCCAGAAUGUGUGGACGAGUAUGUGGCGCUGGUCGGAAGCUGGUAUCCGCGCGUGGCCGCCGAUCCGGAGAAUAAGGUCCAUCUCGUUGGCAGCUGGCGUACGGAAGUGGGGGACUGCGAUACCUUUGUCCACAUUUGGGAAUACCAACGCUACACCGGCUUCCACACCUCCCUGAACAACAUCUCCCAACAUCCUGACUUCCCCGCCUUCGACCGCAAACUCCGCUCGCUUAUCUACCGCCGCCGCUCAUCUCUAAUGCAAGAGUUCUCCUUCUGGCCCACUACGCCCCCCCGCCAGCUAGGCGGCCUCUUCGAGCUGCGCUCCUACACCCUUCAUCCGGGCAACUUGCUCGAAUGGGAAACCCACUGGCGCCGCGGCCUCAAAGCUCGUCGGGAGGUGAUGGAGGGUGUGGGCGCGUGGUUCGUGCAGAUUGGGGAUCUGAACACGGUGCAUCACUUGUGGCAGUUUGCUGAUUUGGAGGAGAGGAAGAGGAGGAGGGAGAAGAGCUGGGAGAUCGAGGGCUGGGCGGAGACGGUGCAUAAGACAGUGCCGCUGAUUCAGGACAUGAAAAGUAGAAUUUUGGUGGCUAUGCCUUGGUCUCCGGUUGCAUAA